CGCGGUGGACCCGAACUCCCUUCAAGCGAUAGCAAUUCGCAAACUAGCGAUAAACCCUAACCGCCUGUGGCCGCAUUGCUCAAAUUUUUCUCAAAUUCCCAUGGCUUCAGCCGGAUUUCGAGCCCUAAGCCGCGCCUCGCUCAGUCCAAUCCAAUCCUCCCUUUCGAGGUCGAAAGUGGCGGCGUGGUUUGCUUCCUCCUCUCGCCCGCCCGCCGCUGCUUCAGCUUCCCCCACUCGUGGUCGCCGCCUCUUUCCGCCCUUUUCCAGGUCUCCUGCGGAGCUGGGGUGCUGCAGCGGAUCUCUUCUCCCACUUCACACCGCGGUGGCGGUGGCAAGAUUGACCUCGUGCCUGAGCUCGACUUCUCGGAGUUGCCGUGUUCUUUCACAGGAUGGAAUUGAAGGCACAUGAAACACUUGAUGAUCACUUGCUGUUGGAGUUCAGAGUCUGUUUUUUUGUUGCUGCCUGCUACCAUUUUUUGUCAACAAGGAAAACUUGUCUUCUAUUAUCAGGAUGGUUAUUUAGAUUUUCUUCACUCUUCUAUUAUCGGAGGGGAUAGCUGGAGCAUAUUUUAGCAAAACUCUAUCAUAACUUAUUGCCGUGUACACUCUAACCAGUAAAUGGGUUGAAUGAGAUACAAAUUCUCUGACAGGUUUUUUUUAGAACUUGUAAAAUAUGUUUUGUUGAGUGGAAAUAUGCAUACUAGAC